AAAAUCUGUCGUCAGAUCACACACUCAGCAUCAGCAGCAGCAGCCACAGUGUGUGUUGCUGCAGGUAAGGAGCUCCAGAGGUUAGAGUGUCUGGUAGCCUGUUGGACUACAGGAGUUCCACACUAAUUCCUGAGCAGCUCAGAACCGGCAGAACUUCUCCUCAUCUUUGCCCCGUCCAGCUCCGUCAUGAACAUCUUCUCCUCCUCCUGCCCUCACCUGUACCAUGGUUACCCUGGCAACGCCUCCAAUGGCUCCGCCCCCUCCGCCGGCAUCAGCCACGUGAUCCUCCGCCACUACAACCACACGGGCCGCCUGCAGAACCGGACCGUGUCCAGCAGCCAGACCCGGCUCAGCGCCUCCAUGGCCGUCUUCCUGUUCUUCAGCGUCCUCAUCAUCCUGGAGAACCUGCUGGUGCUGGUCGCCGUCGUCUCCCGCAUCCGCCGGCGCCCCCGCUGGGUCUACGUCUGCAUCGCCAACAUCACGCUGAGCGACCUGCUCACCGGCGCCGCCUACCUGGUCAACAUCUGCAUGUCGGGCAGCCAGACAUUCCACCUCAGCCCGGCCCUGUGGCUCUUCCGGGAGGGGAUGCUGUUCGUGGCGCUGGCAGCCUCCAUCUUCAGCCUGCUGCUGAUCGCUGUGGAGCGCUACACCACCAUGAUGAAGCCGCUGACCCAGAAGCCCACCAGAACCUCCUACUACCGGAUCUACGGCCUGGUGGUGCUCUGCUGGCUGCUGGCACUGGUCAUCGGCUUCCUGCCCCUGCUGGGCUGGAACUGCAUGUGCAGCCUGGACGAGUGCUCCACCCUCCUCCCGCUCUACUCCAAGACCUACAUCUUCUUCUCGCUCAUCAUCUUCUUCCUCAUCCUGCUGGCCAUCGGCAUCCUUUAUGGCGCCAUCUACUGCCACGUGCACCGCAGCGCUCGGGUCGGACCUCAGCGGAGCCGCAAGCGCUCAUUGGCCCUGCUGAAGACCGUCAUCACCAUCGUGGGCGUCUUCAUGCUCUGCUGGGGGCCGCUCUUCCUGCUGCUCAUGGUGGACUUCUUCUGCGCGUCCCGUCAGUGCGCUCUGCUCUUCAGCGCCGACUUCUGCAUCUCCCUCGCCGUCCUCAACUCCGGCCUGAACCCCGUCAUCUACGGCCUGGGCAGCAGCGACAUGAGGAAGGCCAUCGCCGAGCUGCUGUGCUGCUGCUGCCUGAAGGCCGGACUGUGCCACCCGGACACCUUCACCUCCAAGGAGACCAGCAGCACCUCGGAGAACCGUAGGGACAGUCUGAGGAACAGCUUCAGCAAGAUCAGGAACCACAGCGUGGCCUCCCCGCCCUCCACCCCCAGCAAGCCCCGCAGAGCCACCAGGAAGUCCCGGCUGAGCACCACCACCAGCUGCCUGUCGGUUUCCAGCGGUUAAACCACAAGCUGCUCCCCUCCCGACCCACAUCUAACCGUUUUCUCUGAAGGCUCUCAGCCCUGCACACUGUAAGAAAACCUGCUUGAAAUCCUUAAUUCUGCAACAUCCCAAAAAGAACAGACGUUUGUGCAUCAGAGGAUGUUGUGGAGACGCUUAAGACUGGAAUGAAGCUGAUAAAAGUUAAAUAUGCAAAAUAUCAGGGAAAAACGGGUUCAGAUUCAUAAAGAAGAAGCUGCAUGGGUACAGAGUUUAGUAAAGUUUAAUCCUGAGCUGAAGCUGACUUUCGAAAUAAAAACAAGGAAAACAAAAAAAAGGUAAAAAUCCGCCAGAAAGGGUGCCAGAAAAAUGUUGAAAAAAAAAUUUAAAAAAUAAUAAAAUAAUAUCAAAAAAAGCUUUAAAACAAACUGUGAAAAUACCAGCAAAAUGUAACAGUGAUAUCUUUAACAGCUUUAAAUACAGAAAAAAUGGUGUCAUUUUAUAGUUGCAUGUUGUACAAAACAAAUUUUUAUUUGUAAAAUACAGACUCUUUGAUGUGGAUGUUAUUUACAGUUUGGGCCUGAUUUUUAUUAUUUUAUAUACAUGCAUAUAUAUAUAUAUACAUACAUAUGUAUGUAUGUAUAGUGAACAUGCACAUUUAAAUAUUUUAUUUCUGUGUUUAAAAAAAUACUGUAAUAUGGGCCAAAACUGUGAAAAUAAUGGCAAAUAUCUGUAGAAUAAUUCUAUUUUUUCAGAUUUAAUAAUAAAACAAAAACAAAAAACAAAAACACAUUUUUCGGCUUUAAAUACAGCAAAUAUAGUGUAAUUGUAAAAUAACUAAUUGCUGUGUAUAAAAAUACAAUUCUUAAGUGGAUAUUAUUAUUUUAGCCUGUUUUUAUGAAGGUAACUUGUAAAUUAAUGACUUUUCUGUGAUUUUAUUAAGUAUGAUCUUUAUUAAACAAAAUAGUCAAAAUUAGAAAAAUAAUUUUAAAACAUGUUUGCCAUUUUUCAACUUUAAUAGACUUUUUUUUUUCAAAUAACAACAAAUAUCUCUAAAAUAACAUUUUGGGUUUUUUAAAAUACAGCAAAAAAGUGUAAUUUUAUUGACAAACUUUGUAAAAGAAUUAAUGGCCUUUUUUUGAAAUGCUGAUUUUUGUUUUUUAUGUGGAUGUUAUUUACAGUUUUGCUCAGUUUUUAUUAAGUCAAUAUGUAAAUUAAAAAUUUCAUUCUGUGAUUUUAUUACACAUUACUUUUUUAUGUAACAAAGUAGGGACAAUCUGUAAAAUUACAGUUUACAAAAUUAUUUAUUAGUUUUCAACCUUCAUGUGCACAAUUUUUCUUUCAAAUAACAGCAAAAAACAAAAAUAACAAUGUUCUUGCUGAUUUAAAUUCUACAAUGAAUUGUGUUAUUUUAUGGUCAAAUGUUGUAAAAGAAUGAAUUGACAUUUUUGAAAAUAUGUAUUUUUUUUAUGUAGAUGCCAUUUACAGUUUUGGCCUUUUUUUAAAUUUACAGUUACACUUUUUCUUCUCUGAAUUUUCUUAAGUUAUCAUUUGUAAUUCAAUGAAAUUGUAAAAUAACUGUAAAUUAUUUUUAAGAAAUUAAAAGUUAAAAACCAUAAAAUAAAUACCUUUAAAAAAUGUUUUUUUAAAAAGGGAAAAAGAAAGAAAAGAAAAAAGUAAAAGUUAAUAUUUAGUGUGUAGCGAUGACAUCCUGAGUGUUUGGCCUUUUUGUCUGAACAUUUUUCUUAAAACCUUCUGUAACCUCCACACAGGGAGUCUGCAUAUUUUUACAAUGAUGUCUUUUGCACUGUACUUACUUGUUUACUUUGACCCAUUCAGAGCAGAAAAAAUCUAUAUUUGUAUGGAUUUAAGUUGCAGAUUAUUAUAUAGCAUUUAUAAAAUCAUGUACAGAUAUAUCUAUAUAUAUAUGUAUGUGUGUGUGUGAAAUGAAUUUGAAUUUAUUGUUAUUUUGUGUUAAAGCUGAUGAAAAGUGAGAAUAAAGUUUAUUUUGCUUGAAA